UGCUGCACCAACGUGCCCGGCGGCCUGCAGCUGCAGACCCAGUUCUGGAACGCGCAGCCCGACAUCGGCCCUGUCGACUCGUGGACGGUGCACGGCCUCUGGCCGGACAACUGUGACGGUUCCUACGCCGCGUACUGCGACCCGAGCCGGGAGUACGAGAGCAUUCGCUCGAUCCUGCAGGGCAAGGGCAAGACGCAGCUGCUCGAGACGAUGGGCACCUACUGGAAGAGCAACACGGGCGACGACGACUCGCUUUGGGUGCACGAGUGGGCCAAGGUGCGCACCUGUAUCUCGACCCUCAACACGACGUGCUACGGCAGGUCGUACAAGCAGUACGACGAGGUCGUCGACUACUUCGAGCGUGCUGUCGAGCUGUUCCAGACCCUGCCGACCCACAAGUGGCUCGCCGCCGAGGGCAUCGUCCCGAGCCGGACCAAGACGUACACGGCCGCCGAGCUCGAGGCCGCCGUUAAAAAGCACUACGGGCACGAGGUCUACUUUGGCUGCACGUCGUCCGGUGAGCUCGACGAGGUGUGGUACUAUUAUCUCACGAAAGGCCCGGUCGCCGGUGGCAAGUACCUUCCGGUCGAGGUGGUCGGUUCCAAGGGCUCGUGCCCUGCCACCGGCAUCAAGUACAUCCCGAAGGACGGCGCUCUCGCAGGAGGCUCGAGCCCGUCGGGCAACUACACGUCGGCGUUCCUCAACGUCGAGUACGAAUCGGCCCAGGACGGCUGCCUCAUCUCGUCCGGCAACUGGUACACCACCGGCACCUGUGCUCAGUACCGCCUCUACGGCGACGGCCUGACGUCGCCGUUCGCGAUGACGACCUCGAAGGGUCCGUGCACCGUGUCGGCAGGCGCUCAGCUCUCGUGCGCGGCCGGCAACGUCGGCUCGACCUUUACUCUCGACGCCGACAAGUACCUCACGUACGACGGCUCGAGCAGCUUCUACGCGAGCGUCGUCGCCGAGGGCUCGACGCAGGCGAGCGUGCUUACGAGCUCGUCCGAGGCGACCGUGCCGAUCAAGGUGCGCUACGGCGCGCCGCAGUAGAGGCGGGUCCGUAGCGAGACGUCGAAGUUGCUGAGCGCGUGUGUGCAAAGAAAAGGGUUCGUGCUGUC